AUGUCUACAUCAAAAACUACAUCAGGACUAGCAUCGGCACCGGCACCAUCAUCAACAACAAAAUCUUCGUCAUCGAGAAACAAGUCUCAUACAAACAUUGCCAAUCCUGUAUUGACUAGGUACUUAACCACACCGAUUGUCUUUACGCCAGCGAAAUAUCAAGAAAACUACUCAUCAGCAUCACAAUUACCAGCAUCGUAUAUAGUCUUGUCAAGACAUAGUCAAAAGAGAAGCGACAGCGAAGGUAUGAAACGAAAUGGCAAUGUAAAUGGUUCAACUAACGCAUCACAAAUUGAAACUGGGAGAGAUCGAAAGGUUGGACCAAACAGACCCAAGUCAUUAGCUGAGGCUGUUGCAUCUUACAGUGGGAGCAAAUAUGAAGGGCCAAAGGAGAAAAAGAGGAAGAGAAAAUUAGCAGAGAUGGAAAAAAGAGAAACAGAGAGAGAGACAAGACUAGUUUCAAAUGACAGUGAUGGCGGAGAAGAGAAUGGGGAAGAUCUCGAUACGGAAGAUGCAGAACAGCCCCCAGUAAAGAAACCAAAAGGUCUCUGGGGCUCUCUCAGGUCACUUUUUGGUGGAGCUAUACCGGGAUCUGAGGUGGAAGAUGUUGGUGAGGAAUUUAUCGAGGGUGAUGAGGAUAAGUCAGCCCCCUUCAAUUUGUUAAAAAGGAAGCAAACUUUCGACAAUGAAGAGUCGACAUCCCCGUCAACAUCAGCAGAUGAGGUUUAUGAUGAGAACUCUCCAUUCACAGGAUUUAGUGAGCCAGAAAAGAGUGAAAAUGAUCAAAAUGGAGAGGAUGAUGAUGAUGAUAAUGAGAAGGAUGAUCCAGAUUUUGGUGAAGAGCAGAAGGUUGAAGUUAGCGAUGGCCCUAGUGAAAGUGACGAUGAUGAAGAUAGUGAUAGCGAUGAUGAAAGAGUUGGUAGUUAUGAAGAGGAAAAUGUCAUUGAGAAGAAGGUAUCAUCCACUGAGAGCACACCUUCGUUGGAAAGUGAAGAUGCUGGUGAUGGCGAGUAUUUGGAUGAGGAUGCCAAUGUUGACAAAUUGAGACAUGAUUUGAAGGUUGAUCAACUUGUGAAUGGACAGGGACAAGUAUAUACAAUCACAAGAAGAAACUUGGAUGGAAGCAACAAGAUUAACAAUGAUGAUGAAGAGGAGCCAGAGGAAGAAAAAUUGAAAAUUACCAAGUCCAGCUCUACACCACCAACGUCACCCGAGGAUAGUGAUGAACAAAAAAGUUUAAUCCAGAGGCAAUAUUACGCGUUUAAUGAACUCGCCUCUGAUCGCGGAUCGAAUGGAUCGAAACGCAUUUAUAAAAACUGGCGUGAAUUAGCCAAUGCUAAGCCACCAGUUGGGUUGUUAAACCACGGAGUCACCUGUUAUAUGAAUUCAGCGAUCCAGUCGCUUAUACACAUUCCUGCAUUCCAGCAUUAUUUGAAUGACAUAAACCAAGGCAAGGCGGCUAUCUUAAAACCACGGUCAAUUAGUCAUGUUUUGGCUGAACUUUCGAAAAGAAUGUGGAAUCCUAAUAAGCCAACGGCAAAAUAUAUUAAUCCGAAAAAGAUUAUCCAACGAUUAGAUGAUAUUAAUUGUAUGAUGAGCGAAUGGCAACAAGAAGAUAGUCAUGAAUAUUAUAUGAGCUUAAUGUCUCGUUUACAAGAAGAUAGUGUACCCAAGGGUCAUAAAUUGAAUGAAUCAAUCAUCUAUGAUAUAUUUGGGGGAUUACUACAUCAAAAGAUUACCUGUCAUCAGUGUCACAAUAUUUCAUCAACAAAGCAAGAAUUUUAUGAUUUGUCACUUGGAUUAAACAAGAAGAAGUAUCAAAAUAGUUGCCGAUUCACUAUCGAAAAAUCAAUUAAUGACUUUUUCAGCGAUGAAGUUAUUCGUAAAAAUGAUCAAGAUUCAAAAUCAGGUUAUUAUUGUGAUAAAUGUCAAUCAUUCACCCAAGCUAAUAAAAUAUCAUCAAUCUUGACUGCACCCGAAACAUUGACUAUUCAUUUGAAACGAUUUAAAUUUAAUGGCAAUUCGCUGAGUAAAGUGAAACAGGGGAUCUGUUAUUCAAAGUAUCUUGAUUUAACUAAAUACAUGGAUGCUAAUGAAACUACAAAGAGUUUUCCACCCACCGCAGCCAAAUAUCAGUUGAUUGCAGUGAUUGUUCAUGAAGGUCGAUCGAUAUCAAGUGGUCAUUAUAUUUGUCAUGUAUUACAACCUGAUGGAGUGAGCUGGAGUACUUAUGAUGAUGAAUAUAUUAAUCGAAUUGAUGAGAAAAAGGCAUUACUGGAUGCAAAUGCAUAUGUGUUGGUGUAUACGAAAUUGACUCCAAAGUGA